AUUUUUCCGGCGGUCGAUUCUUUCUAGAAAGAAUAAUAAAAACAUAGUAAAGUAAAUAUAUAUCUAUACAUAUGUAUGUUUGUUUAUCAUUAAAGAUCACAUUAAUUGAUACAUAAAAUGGGACGAAGAAAAAGUAAAAGGAAGCCACCGAGUAGAAAAAAAGCUAUUGAGCCUCUUGAUACACAAUUUAAUUGUCCGUUUUGUAAUCACGAGAAAUCAUGUGAGGUUAAAAUGGAUAAAGCAAGAAAUACAGCACGAAUAACUUGUCGAGUAUGUCUUGAAGAUUUUCAAACUACGAUCAAUUUAUUAUCCGAACCACUAGAUGUUUAUAAUGAUUGGAUUGAUGCCUGUGAAAACGCUAACUGAUUUAUUAUAAUUUAAUAUCUUACAUAUUUUGAGCAAUAAUACAUUAGUAUGUACUUUUGUUGCUUGCUUUCUUCAUAUAUUCUAUUGUGAGAUAAUUAUUUAACAAUUGUUCAGUUUAAAGUUUAUUUGUUGUUUUGUUUUUUAAUUAUAAGCCAAAGUCAUUGUUUACAAUCAUAAUUAAUAUGCAAUAACUUGUGAUUUAUCGUAAUAAGUCAUUAUAAAAAUAAUAUAUUAAAUAUUUAUUAUUAGAUAUAUGUACUGUCA